GCGGGAGCUCCGCACCUCCGCGCGUGUCCCCGCGGAGCCCAUGUGCUCUCAGCAUCCCCGGCACGGCUGCGGCCUGCCGGCCCCGCCUCUCGCCUUUCGCCCCCCGGGGAUUCCACGCCGCACUCACCGGGAAGCCCCAGUGGUGAAAAGGGCGACCGCUGACCGGCAUCGCUGAGAGAGCUCUGCGGGCGCUGCCCGGCAGAACUGAGGGGUCGCGCCUCUGGGAGGGUCCGGAAAGUCCCGCCGGCCCGGGGAUUCCCCGCCGCCCCCGGGAUGACGCAGCCAGGCCUCCUGGGGGCGGUGGCUAAGGGCCGGUGCCGGGUGUCCCGGGCGCAGUCCCCGCUCCGACCCGCUCCGACCCAUGGCUCCGGGCCGGGCGCUGUUGCCCGCAGCGCUGCUGGCGCUGGCGCUGAGCCCGGGACCCGCGGCCGCGCUGCCCUGCGGCGCUCACUGCCCGGCGGGUACGUUCGUAGACAGCGCCGACUGCGGACGGGGAGCGGGCGCGCCGUGCAAGCCCUGCCCGGCCGGCACCUUCUCCAGCGCGGCGGGAAGCGGCGGCUGCAGGAUGUGUCGGCAGUGCGAAGCCCCGUUUCGGUAUUUGAAAAAGUGCUCCUCAACAAGCGAUGCUGAAUGCACGUGCAAGGAGGGAUUUCGCUGCAGCGGUGAUCGCUGCACCUUCUGCACCCGAAGCUGUGGCGUGGGCCAGGAGAGCACCAGCAACGGUUGCCAGACUUGCCGCUAUGGAACCUUUAAUGAUCAGCCCAAUGGCUCCUGUAAAAACUGGACAAUGUGCUCUGGAAACCAAAUCCUGGUGCCUGGAACUCCAGCAAAAGAUGUCAUUUGCAAACAUGCUUCAGUUAAUUCCACUUUAGUCACUACUCUACCUACAACAUCUCUUGACAUUCCAUUUUCUGUGCCUACCACUGUGCCAGGGAAGGAUGUUCAGACAGACACAAUCAGGAUUUCUCUCGCUGUGGCUGGGCUGUCGUGCUUGGUGUUUCUGCUGCCUUUGUGCAUCUGCUUCAGUGUCUGGCAGAAAAAGAAACUACAUGCUGCCUUCAAGAAAAUGCACACACCUGAACAGUCAGUUCAGGAAGAUGAUGCCUGCAGCUGCCGCUUCCCUGAGGAAGAGCAAGGUGAAUAUCAGAAUCCUGGCAAAUCCACAGAAUUGAGAGAUCUCCUGGUGAACUAGAAAUUGAACUGUCCAAGUCAGCCACAUUUGAAUUUUCUUUUGGAGCACAGAACA